UCGCGGCGCUGGAGGCGAAGCUCGCGGCGGCCGAGGCCGCGCUCCGCGAGAAUCAGCCCGCGGACGUCGCGGCGUUGGAACAGAAGCUCGCGGCGGCCGAGGCGGCCCGCGACGCCGCGCAGAAGGAGGCCGACGGCGCCGUCGACGACCUGGCGGACCUCGAGGACCGCCUCUUCGCCGCGGAGGCGAAGCUCAAGAAGCCUCCCGGCGAUUCGGACGACGACGUCGCGCCCGCCCCCACGGCCGCGGACCUGAGCCCCGCGUCCCUGAGCGCCGACGAGGGCAUCAUGGCGGCGAUCAUGGCCGAGCGCGACAUGCUCAAGACGCGGCUCAAGGAGCAGGAGGACGCCGUGAAGCACGCGGACGCGGUGGUCGCGGACGCGGCGGCCGUCGAGGCGCGCCACGCCCGGGAGAUCGAGGGCCGCGAGGAGAGCCUGCGCCAGCUCGCCGCCGACGCCGACGGCGCCGCCGAGGAGGCGGCGCGGGCGACGGCGGCGCUCGCGGACGCCCGGGAACCGCUGGAGCGCGUCACCGCGGAGCGCGACGCCGCGGCGGUCGACGACGUCCGCACGGUCUACGCGGACUUCCAGGAGCUCCAGGCCCAGGCCCAGGCCAUGUACGGCGAGCUCGAGGCCGCGCGGGCCCAGCUCGCGGCGUCGGCCAGCGCGCCGGCGACGCCGGGGCCCUUCGACGGCGGCGCGGCGCCCGCGCCGGGCCCCUUCGACGCGCCGCCCGCCGGUUCGGCGGCCGCGCCCGGCCCCUUCGACGCGCCGCCGGCCGAGUUCGCCGACGUGCCCCUGACGCCCGCGGGCGGCGACGCC